AUUCUGAGCACGUGGGGUGGGCGGGGAGGGGUCGAGUGAGUACUCUACCACGUGGAAAUUGCCGAGGCCUAUUAAGGAUUUGUUUGAAUAGACGGAGAAAUGUUUUUUUAACUAUUUAGCUGAAUCGCGCGGGAGUUGACGAUGAUUGGGAUUUUUUUUUGCCACUGAGGGGGGGGUUGUAACGGUGUAAUGGCGCUUGUUAUGCUGCCCUGUGAUCUGCCGUGGUGGCCAGCUGUUGUUAAACAGCUGGACAGAGCGGCUAUUGCGAGAAAUUCCAAGGAUCUGCUGGAUGCUAUGCGGAAAAUUCAUGAUAUGUGCAAUAUAAGUUUGGAUCCAGAUGAGGACGAGCAAGACCCCAAUCUAUUUACCGGCCUAUCAAAGUACAUUGACGAGGAUCUCGGUCCGGGUGAACGCGAGCAGCUAUUUACCAAGACAAUACCCCGUAUUGUGGAGAGAGCAAAGGCGCUGAGAAAUACUAAACCACCUCAGGGGCUUUACUUCAGUCUGCAGCAACAAGGUGAUAGCGUCGAGUACACGUAUGGAUUCGCGUCGGCUCUGGUUGCGAAUGCCUUCUUCUCGACUUAUCCUAAACGAACGAUUAAAACACAUCCAACGCUUGGGGACUUCAACUUCACAAAUUUCUUCAAACAUUUGCAUCUGAACAGCCAAAAAGCCAAGCUGUCGAGCAUUCUCCAGUACUUUGAGUUUCUUGAGAAUGAGUCGGCGCUCGAGGGACGGAUGCUCGUCUCCAGGCAGGUAAUGACAUCCAAACAAUGGCUCACUAUAGAAGACUGGCUAGAGAGCAGCGUGCCCUUAUGCCCUCUGAGCAUCCGUCACACUGGACGAAUGGAGAGGAUUGACAUCGACACCAAAGUUCUUCACGUUUGCUUCGCAAGCUCAAGAUUCGGGGAUGGAGCGCUCGAGGAUGGUGUCAAUCAAGAAAGUGUACAUAUAUCAACGCAUCCGGAGAUGCUCGCUGUGAUACUGUCGGUGGAGGCCUUAGAAGACAACGAAGUGUUGAUUGUAGAGGGUGCUAGACACAUAUCGCGUAUCAAUGAUCCUAAGAACAGGGCGAUUUACGAGAGCAUACCUAAUCCAAACCCUGUGACUGUGUGUUGUAUGGACCCCGAGGACUACUCGAAACUCCCUCUGUCGCAAUUCGAAGAGGACAAUGUCCUCCGAGAAAUGAACAAAUCCCUGUUGGCUUUUCGUCAGAGGCACGCACCUGGCAGUCCCACUGACACGAUUAAAUCCGAUUCAGACGCUGAUGGGUGUCCCGCCACUAGGAGACUGUCUCCCAUUGGCGAGAGCUUCAGCAGUGCCUCACCGGAAGUCGAGACUGAGGAUAAAAAAAUCGCUAGGACAAAUGGAAAACUAGGUUCCAACGAGACAUCCAGUCCCGAGAGAAACACCAACGAGCGACCGAGGCCGAACGGACGGUCCACCAGGUCCCAGAGCCCCGGAAAACUGGGGAAAAGUACAAGUAGCGCUAGUAAUCGCAGUAGAUUCAUCGUUUUAGGCUCGAGUGGAGAAGUUUUACCUGUUACCAGGAAAUCCCUGGGUCAAAUGUCGGUCUAUGGGAGCUGCAAUAGCCAGAGUAGUGAGAGCUUCCACAGUGCUAAGGACACUAUCGACGAGGAUUUGCCGGACGACGACGAACAUCUCUCGCAGAAAUUAUCGAGACGAUACAGCAAUCAAUUGGAUACACCAGAGCGGAGGGGCACCUUCGCUCAACGACUGAAAGAGGCACUAAAUAGGGAGAGCACUGCCACCGGAUCAUCCGAUAAUUCCUCCGAGGGGAGUUAUGCUGUUGGAAUUAAUAUCACUGGAAGUCAUGUUGGAGAUCAGGACAUAAAACUCAGGAGAGGUGGAUCCAGGGGUUUCGUCCUUCGUGAUGAAACAGUGGACGAGGACUUCCUGAAGGAAUCGCUGGAGGCUGAACAGAAGUGGCUGGGGAGGUUCAAGCAGACGCAGCCUCCAGUGCUGCAGCGGAAAGACACGAAUAGCAGCAAAUACAGCUUCAGUACAGAAUACAGUUCUGAAUUUUGCUCAGAAUUAGAAGAAGUCUACGAGCAACUGUCCAAGUGGCUGGACGAUCCAAUCGCGAGUGACGAGAACCGAGAGUUGGACGCGAGGGAUAGGGCAGUGGUUCAAUUCGCAGGAUCUCUCCUGAGGAGAGCCCUGAGUGAGUCGUUCGCAGGGGUCCCAGUCCAGGAAGGAGAGCCGCAGCCCCUUCUGGGGCCCAACGAUGUUCACCAGAAGCACAAAUUAGCGUUGGCUGUCAGGUCCCUCAGCCUUGAGCUCGCGAGGCAGAGGAACAGACGUCAACAAUCGGUCACUGAUAACGAUGAUGAGGAUGAGGAGUAUUCGGACGCCUUGGAUCAGGAUUUGAGGCGAAAAAAAUCAUUGUCCGUAACAUUCACUUCGACUGUUCUGCAAACACUCUUCGAGGAAGAAGCCACUCUCUAUCUUCGAUCAUCCACUUCUGAAGAUGAAGAUACUUAUUCAUCGGUUAAGGUACAGCUUCGUGAGACUGAGGGAGGCGUGGGAACGCUCGCUGGGGAUGAGAAUUCGAUACCAGGGGAUAAUAGCGUGCAGGAUGGUGGACUGCUGCCAGUGGCAAGUGGUAAUUGGGGCUGUGGGUCGAGAUUAAAGGGUGAUCCCCAGUUGAAACUCGUUAUUCAGUGGCUGGCUGCUUCACUCGCUGGAGUACCCAAACUCAUUUACUAUACCUGUGGACAUGCGAGCCUCUCGAAGUUGGACACUGUUAGCAGAGUUCUAACGGAUAGAAGAUGGUCUGUAGGUGAUUUAUCAACAGCGAUGCUGAGAUUCGCUGUGCACACACUCGAGGAUAGAGUGAAGGGUAGAAACAGUUUGUUUGAAGAGCUGAUUGGUGUUGACAAACCAAGCCCUUAGCCAGACGCUAUGCUGUCUGUCAUUGUGGACAUCAUUGCCACCAUGAUGGAGGACAGCCUGACUGUUGACUCAGAGACUUCGUCGUCGUCGUCUUACGUAAGAUAGAGAAGUAAUAAAAAUCGAAACGAUCGAAAUUAAAGUGGAGAUUGAAAAAACUUAUGAUUAAAUAACAGAUUGAAGAUUUUUAAAAAUGGGUAAAUUAUAUUCAUGGCGUUAGGGACGUUGCGUAUUUUCGAAAAAGCUUCGUAUUUUGACGCUCAAAUUGGCAAAUAAAAAUGCUUGAUGACAAAUAUUAGAUCUAGAAUAUUUUAACAAGUGAAAACAAUUUUAGGCUGAAGUUGGGGAGAAUUUUGAAGUCAAUGUUGAAUAUAUAUUUUUCAUUAAUUAAUCCUGAAGGAAAUAUCAAUGUCUGAUAUAUAAAAUACUCAAAAUAUAUCCACAAAACGAAAAUGAAGGAGUAAAAAAUUACUGUAGUACCAGUGCAUAUCAGCGAACAAAUCUACGUGAAUGUCGAGCGUCGAAAAUAGAAUAAAAAAUGAUAAAUCUAAAAAUUAUUAUAAAUCGCAACGAUCUGAGGAAUUGUUUCAGAAUGAAAAAAAUCAACAGGCAAUAAUUAAAGUGGAACAAUAUAAUUAAUUCUAUUUUUUACAGUUCGUACAAAGAUAGAUGGAUGUUAAUAAAAAUAAAGAUAUUGCGGAGAAAUGUCAAAUUAAUUCAGUGAAAACGCACGCGAGAAGAGAUGAUGAAUUUUUAAAUGAAAUUUUAGGAAGUUUGUUGUACCAUAAAAUUACUAAAUUUUUUCAUCACUGGUGAAUAAUAAUCAUGCUGCUUCGAUGUUUAAUUAAACACUUUUUCAAAGAAUCAAAAUUGAAAAAAAUAUAUAUAAAAUGAUAAAAAAAUCAAUGAGAGUGGCCUAUGAGAAUUUCUCGAUAACGUUUAUUCGACUUCGUGGCGAGAAAAUCAUCAGUGAAAAACAGUUGCAAAUGAACUUCUGCAAUUGGAGGAAUGAAAAGAAAAAAAUAAGAGGAAAGUGUGAAAGUAUCCGACAAAUUGGAGAGAAUCCACUUGAGUAUUGAACAUCAAAUCAUACGAAUUAAAUUAAAAGAAGAAGAAUGAUAAAAUUGUGGGUUAUAAUUAUAACAUGUAAAUUGUAUAUAAUAGAAAAUUAAUAAAUUUUUAUCGUAUUUAAAGAGUUGAGUCAAUCAACCAAAAAAACAA